GCCUUUUGUGGCGGAUGAAUACAUUGAACGCCUGGCGUGGAGAACACCUGGAGGAGGUUCCAGAGGUGGAGAAGCUUUUGAUCCGAAAAGAUUAUUGGAAGAAUUUGUAAAUCACAUCCAAGAAUUACAGGUAAUGGAUGAAAGGAUUCAGAGAAAGGUGGAAAAACUAGAACAACAAUGCCAGAAGGAAGCAAAGGAGUUUGCCAAGAAAGUACAAGAGCUGCAGAAAAGCAACCAGGUCGCCUUCCAACAUUUCCAAGAACUAGAUGAGCACAUCAGCUAUGUAGCAACUAAGGUCUGUCACCUUGGCGACCAACUGGAGGGGGUAAACACGCCACGGCAACGGGCUGUGGAGGCUCAGAAGCUGAUGAAAUACUUUAAUGAGUUUCUGGAUGGAGAGCUGAAGUCUGAUGUUUUUACAAACUCUGAAAAGAUUAAAGAGGCAGCUGAUAUUAUUCAGAAACUGCAUUUGAUUGCACAGGAACUGCCUUUUGACAGGUUUUCUGAAGUAAAAUCAAAGAUAGCAAGUAAGUACCACGAUUUAGAGUGCCAGCUAAUUCAAGAGUUCACCAGCGCACAGCGGAGAGGUGAAAUCUCCAGAAUGAGAGAAGUAGCAGCAGUUUUGCUUCAUUUUAAGGGCUAUUCCCAUUGCGUUGAUGUGUACAUAAAACAGUGUCAAGAGGGUGCAUUCCUGAGGAAUGAUGUCUUUGAAGAUGCAGCCAUCCUCUGCCAGCGAGUGAAUAAGCAAGUUGGAGAAGUCUUUAGCAAUCCAGAGACUGUGCUAGCCAAACUCAUUCAAAAUAUCUUUGAAGUUAAACUUCAGAGCUUUGUAAAGGACCAGCUAGAGGAACACAGGAAAUCAGAUGCUGAACAGUAUCUUAAGAAUCUCUAUGAUCUAUAUACAAGAACUACUAAUCUGUCGAGCAAAUUGAUGGAGUUUAACUUGGGUACUGAUAAGCAGACUUUCUUGUCUAAGCUUAUCAAAUCCAUUUUCACUUCCUACCUGGAGAAUUACAUUGAGGUGGAAAUCGGUUAUUUGAAAAGUAGGAGUGCCAUGAUUCUGCAACGCUAUUAUGAUUCCAAAAACCACCAGAAGAGGUCCAUUGGCACUGGAGGGAUCCAGAUCCACAAAAGGACUGAAGCAAAAUUAAGUAUUCAAGACCUCAAAGAGAGAAUAAGGCAACGUACAAACUUACCGCUGGGGCCAAGCAUUGACACACAUGGAGAAACUUUCCUGUCGCAAGAAGUGGUGGUUAACCUUUUGCAAGAAACCAAACAAGCUUUUGAAAGAUGUCACAGGCUCUCUGAUCCAUCUGACUUACCCAAGAAUGCCUUCAGAAUUUUUUCUAUGCUUGUAGACUUCUUAUGUACUGAACACAUCGAUUAUGCGUUAGAAACAGGCCUUGCUGGCAUUCCCUCUUCUGAUUCAAAGAAUGCAAAUCUUUAUUUCUUGGAUGUUGUCCACCAGGCCAAUACUAUUUUCCAUUUAUUCGACAAGCAAUUCAAUGAUCAUCUGAUGCCAUUGAUCAGUUCGUCACCUAAAUUAUCUGAAUGCCUUCAGAAGAAAAAGGAUAUCAUAGAACAAAUGGAAGUGAAGCUGGAUAUGGGCAUUGAUAGGACACUGAAUUGUAUGAUCGGACAGAUGAAGCACAUCUUGGCUGCAGAGCAAAAGAAGACAGAUUUUAAACCAGAAGAUGAAAACAAUGUUUUGAUUCAAUAUACUAAUGCUUGUGUUAAAGUCUGUGGCUAUGUUAGAAAGCAGGUGGAAAAGAUUAGAAAUUCCAUGGAUGGUAAGAAUGUGGACACAGUUUUGAUGGAGCUGGGAGUUCGUUUUCAUCGACUUAUCUAUGAACACCUACAGCAAUAUUCCUACAGCUGCAUGGGAGGCAUGUUAGCGAUUUGUGACGUGGCUGAGUAUAGGAAGUGUGCCAAAGACUUCAAGAUUGCGCUGGUGUUACAGCUCUUUGAUACCUUGCAUGCACUUUGCAAUCUUCUGGUUGUAGCCCCGGAUAAUUUAAAGCAAGUUUGCUCAGGAGAACAACUUGCUAAUCUGGACAAGAACAUCCUUCACUCCUUCGUUCAGCUGCGUGUUGAUUAUAGGUCUGCUCGUCUUGCUCGUCACUUCAGCUGAGAGCGUGGAAAGAAAUGUUGUUCCCUUCGGGCAGGCCUCAGAUGUUAGAAAGCACAGGGAGUGACUCCUUACCAAACCUUUGUGGGAUAAGGACUGUUGAGAAUAAAGCAGCAGCCGUAAUUAAAUGUGACUGUGUAGAAGGUAAACACGUAAAAAUCUGAUUAUUUCAUGUAGGCUGAAGUGCUCCCAGUGAAGAAUUUCUCCUACUUGCUACUGAUUUUUU